GCUGAGACGAAGAAAGCCCGCGACCUCAACGAGAGCUUGAAGGCCGAGAUCGGCGCAGUGAAGCUCAAUCUCGACAAGGUCGCCGAGGAGGCCAACGGCAAGAUCGACGCUGCCAACGAGCGAAUUCGGUCCCUUAGGCGUGAAAGAGACGAGGCCCUGAAAGAAGGCGAUCGGCUGCGCGCCGAAGGAGAGCGGCUAAUGAGCCGCCAGGAGGCCGUGCGCAAGGAGACGGAGGAUCUGGCGCAGCAGAAGGAGCUGCUGCUGACCGUGGUGGAGGAGCUUCACCGGACCUGCAACAACGCAGGGAUCAAGGAGGUCGCGCGGCACUCCAUCAAGGACAUCGGCGAAUUCACGGCGAACUUCCGGCCCGACGACGAUGGCGGCAUGGAGAGUGGGACAAAAGCACUGAAGAUCUGGGCCGAGAGCGGAGUCCAGGGCUUGAUCCACUGGCUGGAGAAGAACGGCCCCGAGCUGGCCGACACGGCGGGGCACUGCGUCGAAGCGAUGUCCAUGGCCAAGAGCCUUUCCGAGAAGUGCCAGACGACCAAGUUCGAUCCGGAAGGCAUCGCCGGGUUGGCAGCCUGGGCCGUGCUGGAGGGCUUGGAGCACGUGCAGGCCCCCAUGGCCCAGGAGUUCGUCAACUCCUCCGUCGCCAAGUUCUACAAGGACCAUGCGAUCAAGAUGGUGCAGAGCUGGACCCACCGCUCUCUCAAGGAGUUCUGCGAUGGUGACUGCCUCAACGGGUUGGAAAGCUUCGAUGCGUCUUACGCAAAGUGCUACUCGUCGGCGAUCUGCGCCGCGGCCCUGUCCAAGGAGAUCCCCUACGACCACUGCAAGAAGACGAUGGAGACGUUUAUGUUGCGGACCAUGCACAUCGAGCAGGCGAUGAUCUGCAGCAAAUCCUCCAUGUCCGACUACUUCUGCGCCGAGGAGAGGAACACCCUCCUUCUGGAGAGCCCGCAGUGCUACCUUCUCUUCUUUACUCCGGUGCUGGACAAGAGGACCUGCUCAGCAGAGUGCGUGGCGCAGUGGAGCGAGGCGCUGAUUAGCUCGGACCUUGGAGUUCAUGCGGGAGUUGAUCAGUGGCGCGAAGGAUCCAGCCAUGCGACAGGCCUUGGAUCAUCUCCCCAAGCACUUCAUGACCUUCGAACAGGCCUGCAUGGGCCCAGCCGCUGCUAUGCCUCCAAGCCUGGUUGUGUGAGGCCCGUUCUGCAAGGCUUGGGUAGUUUGAGCCCUUGCGCUCAUGGCAGCCGCGUAGGCGUCAUGCACAAGGACCUCAAGCCCGAGAAUGUCAUGAUGGCCAGCCCCCGGAAAGCUCCUCUGGAGGACCUGCACGUGGUGGUCGUGGACUUCGGCCUUGCCCAGUGGCUCUCUUCCGAGGGUCGCGGCACCGAGAUCGCCGGCACACCGCCUUUCAUGUCCCCGGAGGUGUGGGCGGGGAAUUUCAGCAAGAGCUGCGACAUUUGGUCCGCGGGUGUGAUGCUCUUCUUCAUGCUCUCUGGAACCUACCCCUUCAUGGCCAAGCGCCUGGAGGAGGGGGUGGCGAAGACUUGA